GCGCCUCGUUCAACUUGCAAACAGGUGCCCUAAAAAGUCGUAGGGAUUUUAAAGGAAGAAAAAUUAAAAAUCUUAUUAAUGUGUGGCAAUGGAAUUAUUGUUACCGACUGAGUUAAAUCUUUUUAAAGUUUACGCACUUCAAGAGAGGCACAGGAAAUUUUGAGGAAGUGUUUUAGCAGUUUAUGUUGACAUGUGUGUUAUGAUGAAAGUGUAAAUGUCACAAGAAAAAUGAUUUUGUGAUUUUUAGGAAUAUAACGUCAUUGGAUCGUUUUAGUACCAAUUUGAAAAUGGAUUCAAACAACGGCACGUCAUCAAAGCGCUCUUCCCGUGCUGAUGGGAGGUCCCACAUGACUGCUGAUGAAAUGGACGAGCAGAGGAAGCAGAAUGUGGCGUAUGAAUACCUGUGUCACUUGGAAGAGGCCAAAGUCUGGAUACAGGCCUGUAUCAAUGAGGAGCUCCCACCAACCACUGAGUUAGAACAAGGGCUGAGGAAUGGGGUCUACUUGGCAAAACUGGGGCACUUUCUGGCCCCUCAGGUGGUGCCCCUUAAGAAGAUCUACGAUCGGGAUCAGUCUCGAUACCAGUCCAGGGGGCUGCAUUUCCGGCACACAGAUAAUAUCAAUCAUUGGUUUGUUGCCAUGGAGAAAGUGGGGUUACCACAGAUCUUUUACCCAGAAACAACAGAUGUGUACGACAGAAAAAAUAUGCCCAGGGUCAUCUACUGUCUCCAUGCACUCAGUCUGUAUUGUUUUAAGCUGGGUAUAGCUCCACAGAUAGAGGAUUUGUAUGGAAAAGUUCAAUUUACAGAAGAGGAAAUCAGUGCUAUGAAGCAAGAGCUGGAGAAAUAUGGAAUUCAGAUGCCAGCCUUCAGCAAAAUUGGAGGAAUUUUAGCUAAUGAGAUGUCAGUUGAUGAUGCAGCAUUGCAUGCAGCCAUCAUUGCUAUAAAUGAAGCAAUAGACAAUGAGGAUUCCGAAGAAACAAUGAAGGCCCUUCGGAACCCCUCUGCCAUGUUGGUGAAUCUGGCUGAGGAUAUUCCCGAAAAUUACCAAGUUACUCUGUAUGAGGCCAAAAAAUCAAAAGCUGAAAUCGCCAGAAACAAGAGUAUGGACCCUGAGACAUAUGAACAUGAUGUGUAUGAUGAAUUACUUACACAGGCUGAAAUUCAGGGCAAUGUAAACAAAGUCAAUACUGUUGUGGGGUUAGAGAGACUGACGGAUGCUCUAGUCAAAGGAGACCGGAAUCUCAUCCUUCAGAAUCUGAAAUCCUCGAGUCUCGGCAUUAAAGCCGUACAGGACGACAACAUUGACUACUAUAUACAGCGCCUAGAGGAAUUGAGGGAUUUUAAAGAGAAUAAUAACAGCGAUGAAGUGGUAACCUUAGAGAAAGAAGAGAUACAGCAGGCGGUCAACCAAGCCAACCUAGAUGCCGAUAAAGAAUACCAAAGAGCCCGAGCUGUAGAGCUGAUUAACGAGGCUAUAGACAGCUGUGACGCAGAACAAUUACUGAAGGCCCUCCAGAAUCCCGGGGCCCAGCUGCCUCCCGUGUACGACUAUGCCUCGGCUCUCUAUUUUGAAGAGUUUCACAAUAUGCGUGAUGAGAAACAAUCGGAGUUAGAUUAUGACGAGAUUGCUGCAGCUGUUAGAGUGCUGUCAUCGGUAGCUAAAAUUAAUGAAGCUAUAGACAUAGGGAAUGCAGAGGGGACCUACGAAGCUCUCCGUAAUCCAGAGACCUGUAUAUCUAACCUGGAUGAGACCAAUGCUGAUAGGUACCAAAUCCUGCUCCAAGAGAGUAAACGAGCUAAAUCCGAUAGUCCCUGUGACCUACUGACCCACUUUGAGAUUUGCUCAUGUAUAGAUCAGGUCAACCAGCAAGUCACUGAAGAACACCAGCGAAUUGAAGCGGUGAGACACAUAAACCAAGUGAUAGAACAGGGUGACCCUAAGAUAACCUUGGAGGCCUUGCAGAGCCCCGAGGCCAAGCUCGAGGAGGUGGUGGAGGCCCAGGAUUACCGCUAUCACGUCCUCCUCGUACGGGAGAAAAACAAAAAGACUGAGAAAAGUCAACAUGAAGAGAUGGAGUUGUGGCUAGAAGAAAUUCAGACUUCAGUGGACAAUGCCAACAAAGAUGCUCAAUUUGGAGUUAAAUUAUCUGAAGGAGUGGAGAAUGUUAACACAGCAGUAGAUGAAGUUGAUGGAGACAAACUCCUAGAGAGCAUGGCUUCCCCGGAGCUGGCCAUCCACAGUGUCAUCCCAGACUGCAAGGGAACAUACCUAGAAAAACUACAGGAAGCCAGGCAGAAGAAAAAAGAGCAGGGAGAGAGUGGAAGUGGUUGGAUGAUGAGCAGACUGAAGGAUGGGUCCAAGUUCUACUACAAUACACACACAAAGGAGUACAAAUGGUCCCGCCCAGACAGUGUGGUCAAAGACCAUGGGCUACUCAACAAGGAAGAUAUACAGCGAGUCAUUUCUGAUGUGACAGCGGCACGUGACCGAGAACUUUUCUUGAAAUCAAACGAAAAUCUGGUUGUUAAAAUCCAGUCGACAUACCGUGGCUACCAGGCCAGGAAGACGUAUAAAGAAAGGCUGGACUUCAUGAAGAGACAGCUGCCCCUUAUUCUAAAGAUUCAGUCCAAAUGGAAGAUGGUGCUGCAGAGGAAGAGAUACCAGGACAGGUUAAAAUACAUGAGAGAUAAUGAAGACGCUGCUAUAAAGCUGCAAGCUCAAUUUAGAGGAUUGAAAGCUAGAAAGGCAUUCCAGGCAAGGAAGAAGUUCUUCAAUGACAAUGUUGCAGCAGUUAUAAAACUUCAAUCCUACUUCAGGUCCAACAAGGCCAGACAUGACUACAUCUCACUCAUGAACGAAGCCAACCCACCAUUACCUGUUGUUCAGAGAUUUGUACAUCUUUUGGAAUUCGGUGAUAUUGAUUAUGCUGAAGAAAUCGAAUUACACAGGACCCGUCAGAAGGUGGUGGCUGAGAUCAAGUCAACUAAAAAACUGGAAGAUGAUCUCGACCAAAUGGAUAUCAAAAUCGGUCUACUUAUCAAAAACAGGGUCACCUUACAGGAUGUAGUUACCCAUGGCAAGAAGCUCUCUAAGCACCGAGAGGACAGCAUACAGAUGCCUAAAGGACUGAAGGGGCUGAGUAAGGCAUGUCACGACCGCCUGGAGGCCUACCAACAUCUGUUCUACCUCCUACAGACCAACCCCCUGUACCUCGCAAAACUCAUCUUUGAAAUGCCACAGACCAAGAUGACCAAGUUUAUGGAGGCAGUGAUUUACUCGCUGUUUAAUUAUGGAGCCAAUCAGAGGGAGGAAUACCUGUUGCUGAAGUUGUUCCGUAAAGCACUGGAGGAAGAAAUUGAAUCUAAGGUAGACAAAAUGAGUGAUUUUGUCACUGGAAAUCCUCUGGUUGUUAAAAUGAUUGUUGGAUUUAACAGAAAUCAAAGGGGACAGAACUCUUUGAGGGAAAUGUUGAACCCUUUGAUAAAUGAAGUGAUUGAGGAUAAGCACAUGAAGAUAAACACCAACCCAGUAGAAGUGUACAAAAGCUGGAUCAACCAGACAGAAACUUCUACAGGCAAAGCCAGUGGUUUGCCUUACGACGUAACUACAGAGCAGGCUCUAAAACACGAAGAAGUCAAAGCAUUAUUGUCUGAGUCCAUCACACGACUGAUUGAAGUCACAGAUAAAUUCCUGACCGCAAUCUCUUCUUCUCUAGAUAAAAUUCCGUACGGAAUGCGAUACAUGGCAAAAGUAUUAAAGGCAGCUCUGGAGAAGAAGUUCCCGGAGGCUGCAGAAAAAGACGUCCUCAAGAUUGUGGGUAACCUGUUGUACUACCGAUACAUCAACUCUGCCAUUGUGGCCCCUGAUGCUUUUGACAUCAUCAAUGUGGAAGCUGAUAAACAACUCUCUAAUGACCAAAGAAGAAAUCUGGGCUCUGUGGCCAAAAUCCUGCAGUUUGCUGCAUCAAACAAAGGGACAUCAUUUGAACAUUAUUCAGAAUUUGGUGGGGACAGCUCUUAUCUUGCUGCAAUGAAUGACUAUAUCCGACAAGCUCAUGAGAAAUUCAAGAGAUACUGUGUAGAAGCGUGCAGUGUCCCAGAACCUGAGCACUACUUCAAUGUGGACCAAUAUUCAGAUAUAGUUACCAUUGCCAAACCUUCUAUUUACAUCUCUGUCCAAGAAAUCAUUGACACACACCAGCUUCUUCUUCAACAUGAGGACCAGAUCGCCCCUGAUCCUCAGGAUCCGAUUCACGAACUUCUGGAAGAUCUCAAAGAAGCUCCCACUGUGGAUGAACUUCUUGGUACGGAUCUUCCGGAGGACGAGGACAUGAGGAAGAUGUUACAGACUCAGUUAGGGAAGACGGAGAUUUCACUGACUCUCAGUAACAAGUUUGAGGUUCCAGAGGAUGACCAGGCAGAUGUCAAACAACUCCUUGUCAGGACCAAGCGUCUGGUGGUGGACGUGGUGGCCUGUCAGACGGGGGACACACUGGUACAGAUCCUAGACACCCCCGCCACCGAGGAACAGGAGGAAAUGCAUCAGGCGCUUGUCAAAAAGAGAGAUGAGCGAGAUCAGAAAGCUAAAAUAGACAGCGAGGGGGGACUCAUGAGGCAACAGAGCAUGUCAGGGGACACAAGGCUGCCUCUUGGGAUAAUGAAAACAAAAAUCAAGAAAAACUUACAAAACUUGGAGCUGAAUGAGAUGGUAACCAGGAAGAAUGGCUACCAAGAUAUGGUGAACAUGAUAGCACAGGACAUCCGAAACCAAAGACGGUACAGGAACAGUCGUAAACACGAGUUGAUGAGAGUUCGAGAAACCGUAAGGAGCUUACAGGCCAAGCGGGCCUUUUAUGAAUCCCAGAUCGACUACUAUAAUCGCUACGUCCAGAAAUGUAUUGAAAAUCUGCAACAAAGGGCAAACAAUAGAAAGUCAAAGGGAUUAUUCAGAAGAGGGGAUGGGGAGAAGAAGGUACAUUAUGAAUCUCUGAAAUAUAGUGCAGCUAGGCUUCACGAGAAAGGAGUCAUCUUAGAAAUAGGAACCCUGCCAACUAAUCAGUUCAAGAAUGUGCAGUUCGAGAUCAAAGAAACAGCUGAUCCCGGGGUGUUUGAGGUCCAGGCCAAGUUCAUGGGAAUGGACGUCAAAAAGAUUGAUCUAGUCUUCCAGGAUUUGUUACAGCUUCAGUAUGAAGGAGUUGCCGUUAUAGAACUAUUUAACGACGCCAAGGUUAAUGUAAACCUUCUCAUUUUCCUCCUCAACAAGAAAUUCUACGGCCAAGGGAAGUAAUUCUACAGCUAACAAGGGGGAAUUACUCCAGACUCUACCAUAAUUGGUGCACUGCAUCAAAUUCUUGUUGACUCCAAGUGCAAUAAAGUGUUCCUUUAUGUUUUUUAUUUACAUUUAUUCAUUCACUUUUUGCUGUAUUUGCCACCACAGAAAGAGUAAUGUGUUUCUAUACACUGGCUUUUGUCAAACUGUGUGGACAAGAUUUAAUUGUAAUGUUUUUUUUUUAAUGUUACUGCUGAUUGUGUGUACAUUUCCUAAGGAUCAUGGGUUAAAUAUUCACCUACACCCUGUGCUUUUACAUCAGUGAAGAUCUGGAAUUUUUUUUUAUUUUGUAUUUGUUUAUGAAAAGUUUUUUUUAGUGUUUAAAGUCAUAGUAUUGCUAGAAGAUAAUUGCCUUCAAAUGCCUUCCGGACAAGAAAGUAUACUUAUUUAUUUCUAAUGGAGGGAUUUUUUCCAUGAAUAGUUCAAUUAAAUUCACAAAUAAGUCAACAGGUAUGUCAUGUUUCAAGAUAAAAACUAAGGGCUAUAUAUAUAUAGCUUUUUGAAUUUUCACUUUUAUUUCUUACUCUUUGAAGUACAUGUGAUUAUGGGACCAAAGGUAAAUGAACAUUCCUGUUAUUUGUUGCACAAGAAAAAAAUAUUAUUUGCAUAUUUAAGCCAGAAGCAUGAAUGAUCUGUUCACCCACAGAAUUUAUUAGUCAUCUCUUUGCUGGACAUUUUUUUGAAAAAUUCAAUGAGGUCCUCUCACAUUGAAAGAUUAAUAUUAAAGUUUAUCCAUAAUACAAGUGCUUAGAAAAAGGAAGGACCCUGAAUAUCAAUACAAUGUAUCUGAUUAUAUGGUUUUUGUACAUCCAUAAAAAGGGCCAAAAUUUAUUAGCAAGAUGACAUGACUUUAGGCCUUUGUGCUUAAGAAAAAGAUGAGAUUUUUUUUUUUGAGGUUUUAAUCAUCAUUUAUGUCACUAUUUUUUUGCUAAAACUAUAUUUUAUUGCUGUAAGCAUUGUUUUUGCAACAAUUUUAUGUGCAAGAACUACAACUCUCCUACUGCAUUUAAUAAAUUGAAGUUAUGCAUUUUUACUUGUACCUAAGGUGUUUUUUUUUUACCUGUAUGUUUGAGAUAGUAAUUUAUUGAGAUCUGAUAUUCAGUCUCACGAUAAAGAUUUUAAAGUACCACAAUAAGCAUAUUUCAUAGAUAUAUAGAUCUGAUGCGUUUUUGUAAAUCACUGUUACUAUAAAUUCAUUUGUUUAUUGUCCAUACCAAUUUUCUGAUUGCAAAACUUGCUUCUAAGUCAUAUUCUAAAGCAUGUAGAAGAAUGUAUUCACUUGUGCAUCUCUGAGAGACUUUAAAUGGUGCUAAAAAAGGGAUGUACAUAUAUCAUUUUAUUCUACAAUAAAUGUCAAGGUGAA